UCAAUGCUUCUAUAUAAUUUGUGCGUUUUAUCGUCAAGGCCAGGCAAAGACCAAAUAAAAAAAAUUUCCAUAUGAAACAGGUCGCUGCUACAAAAAUCGUGUAUCCUUUAGCCUAUUAUAAGAAGCGAUGGAAGCGCUGCCGAGAUUGGAUGAUGGUUUCGCAUUAGUGCAAGUGGGAUGCAGCUAAAGUUUUACCCAAUUUUUAACAGAUCUCACGGGGUUUUUUUAAGGAGAGACAUGUAAAAGUCGUUGAGAUGUGCGGGACGCAUAAAAAUUCACGUGGUCUGACGGGUCGCAGCUAAAAUCAGUUGAAAAUUUUAACACACUGUAAUGUGUGGUGACACAUGAAAAUCUAUGGUGACGCGAGAAAGUUAUGCUUAUGCUUGAACAUUUGUACGCAUAGAGCUGCUUUCAAGUUUAAUAUUUAAAUUCAGUGCAGCAAGUUUUAAAGAUUUUGUAUCUGCCAGCCUUUUAAUAAAUUUUGGGCGAUUUCACCGCUGAAAAUUUCAUUAUCGGCCCAGCAAAUGACAGCAUAAUCUAAACUUUGUUAUGCUGGAGCAAAUUUCAAAACAUCGAGGCAAAUCGAAGCAAUCCUAUGGUUCUGAUAACAAAUUCUUGUCGCAUUAGUCAUUUUACUUGAUAAAUAUUUAGAAACGAGAUUACAUCCAAAUUUAAAGUUGAAAAAAAUGAGUGAAGUAAUUCGGGAUUUGAAUAAUCUUACGAAGCACAAUAUCUGUGAUAACUCAAGUACCGAAUCAGAGGAUGAAGAUGUUUGGAUAUUCGGAUACGGAUCACUUGUUUGGAAAGCAGAUUUUCCAUUCGAAGAAAAAAGGACCGGAUAUAUCAAAGGCUUUCUUAGAAGAUUUUAUCAGAACAGUAUUGAUCAUAGAGGAACACCUGAAAAGCCUGGUCGUGUCGUAACUCUUGUUUACUCCAAUGACCCUGAAUCAAAAGUUUGGGGUAUGGGCUAUCGUAUAGCGAAGCAUGCAGCAGCCCAGGUACUGAGUCAUUUGGACCAUCGUGAAAAGAAUGGGUAUGAUCGACAUCGUGUUUUGUUCUGCCCCUACCCAGUAAGCGACACUCAAACCAACGCAGCUAAAAAUAUUCUAGUAUAUUUGGCUACCAAGGACAACCCCAGUUUUGCUGGUCACAACGAUAAUCUUGUAGAAAUUUGUACACAGAUUUUAGGUGCUUCCGGAGCUAGUGGGAAGAAUUCAGAAUAUGUUUACAAGUUAGCGGAAGCAAUGAGGUACUUUUACCCUGGCGAAGUUGAUGAGCACCUGUUUCAAUUAGAACACAUGCUACGGUUGGCUGAUCCCGAUGUUAAAAAGACUAAUUAGAACUAAUAAAAAAAUUACUCGAAA